CACCUGUAUGACUCAUCCCACUAAACGAGAACUGUGGCAGGUACCAUAUCUCACGUCCUCCUCCCUCUCUCUCUCCCAUCCCUGUCUCUUCCUCCCUUCUUCAGGAGACCCCCUCACGCCUCCGGUCUUGGUAGGGGCGCGUGAGAUCUACGAGCCGACGGAACUCAUCAAGAUUGGCUGCCAGACGAAGCGACCACAUCAACAUGACCCUAGGCCUACUCUGCAAUGGUACCUGGCAGGGAGGCAGGUCAGCCCAGACUUAGUGACCCCAUACGGCGAAGCACUCAAUCAAGGGUACAUUGGUCUGGCUUUACAUGUCCCCGGAGAACAGAUCGCAGAGGCCGGAGGGAGCGCGCACGCCGAGUGCCGCCUCACGCUAGGCCGCCACGCCCUCAGUGUGCUCAAGACGCUGCGAGUGAGAGUCAGAAUGAUAUCUUAUGUCGAUAAUUAUCAGUCAGCUGCAUCCAGGAUAAUGUCUGCAAGCAGCACGAUUAUCAUCGUCAGCAGCCUGUCAGCAUUACUGUGUCAGCUCUGGUAGGGCUGAUGUUACGAAGCCUCCGCUUGCCUUUAUAGAUUGACACACAAGUAGAACCUCCUCCCUGAUCAACCAUUGACAACGAGACCUGAAGACCAUCCGCCUAUACGUGGUGCUUUUGUCAAUGAAUGAGCAUAUGAAUGAACUGAUACCACUAGGUUUAUG